ACCGGAGGCUCGUCCCAGCGUAAGACCUGUAAACAAGUAUAUAAAUUAUCAUCAAGGCUGCCGAGUAAAUUCUCAACGGGCGGCAACUUCCCGACUGCGAUUAUAUAGCCUUUCUAAAGAAUCCUCGGUAAGCAGAAGUAUUUCGUUCUGCGAUCAGUACAGCUGACUUUCGUCGUCAUGAAGUCAUUUGUCGAGUAUGGACCUGAUUGCGAUUUUCCUAUUGAAAAUUUGCCCUAUGGCGUCUUUUCUACUAAUGAUAACCCUAAGAAACGAAUAGGAGUGGCCAUUGGAGACGAAAUUUUGGAUUUGAGCGCCAUUUCUCACCUGUUCAAUGGACCGCUUUUGGAAAAACAUCAAAAUGUCUUUCAACAAGACUGUCUGAAUGAUUUUAUGAGUUUGGGAAGACCGGCAUGGAUUGAAGCUAGACUCAUCCUUCAAAAUCUUUUAUCUGUUGACAAUUCUACCCUUCAACAUAACGAAAUACGAUCAAAGGCAUUUGUUUCGCAAAAAGCAGCUACUAUGCAUCUACCAGCUAAAAUAGGCGACUAUACUGAUUUUUAUUCAUCAAUUCAUCAUGCGAGAAAUGUUGGAAUUAUGUUCCGCAGCGAGGAAAAUGCAUUGAUGCCAAACUGGAAAUAUCUACCGGUGGGAUAUCACGGCCGUGCAAGUUCAGUCGUAGUUUCCGGUACGCCAAUUCGACGACCUUGGGGUCAAACACUUCCAGUUGAAGGAGCGGAACCAGCCUUUUGUCCAUCUAGACUAAUGGACUUUGAAUUAGAAGUGGCAAUCUUUGUUGGUGGACCACCGACUAACUUAGGCGAUACCAUCACUGCAAAGAAAGCUUAUGCUCAUAUUUUUGGAAUGGUCACCAUGAAUGAUUGGAGUGCAAGAGAUAUACAAAAAUGGGAAUAUGUUCCUUUGGGACCGUUUGGUUCUAAAAAUUUGGGAACCACCAUCUCACCAUGGAUUGUGACUAUGGAGGCUUUGGAACCUUUCAAAGUUCCUAAUUACCCCCAAGAUCCAAAACCAUUUUCUUAUCUUCAGCACGAAGAGCCUUGCAAUUUUGAUAUCCACCUAGAAGUCGACAUUAAGCCUCCCGGUGGUGUUGUAACAACAAUCACUCGCAGUAAUUACAAAUUUAUGUACUGGACUCCUCAACAACAGUUGGCCCAUCAUACCGUGACCGGAUGUAACAUUAACCCUGGCGAUCUAAUGGCUUCCGGUACAAUAAGUGGGGACACAGCUAACUCAUACGGAAGCAUGUUGGAAUUAUGUUGGAAAGGAACAAAAACCAUACCGAUGAAAGACGGUACAACAAGAAAAUUCCUUCAGGAUAACGACGAAGUUAUUAUCCGAGGUUACUGCUUAGGACAGGGAUAUAGGAUUGGUUUUGGUCCAUGUGCUGGAAAAUUAUUACCAGCUCAUCCAGCCUGAAGAUAAUGAUUAUCUCAAAAAACAAAUACAUAAAAAAUAAUCAAAUCAAGUUUGCUGAUAUAAAAAUAUUUUAUAUAUCCAUACUUUUGUUAUUUGAUCUACAUAGGCUUUUUACUUCUAUAAUAAAAAAAUAUCAAUACGA